AUCUAUUAACCUUAAUGUACUCUGUAUGGUACUGGGUAACGUAUGGCAUAUUACUAAUGACCUACUAUUUUUCUAAUUUCUGGGUGUAAGAGUAUGCUGGCAUUUAGCCUUUGGCGCGGUACCUAAUCAUACGUAACGUUCAAACUCUUGCUGUGCAAAUUUGAUACAAAACUGGAAAUGAUAAAAUAUUCUGGAAGUGAUGGUGCCAAACAAGCAUUACCAUCAUAUAUUCGAACACAGGGAGAUGGAAUGGAAAAUGAACCUGAGAUUAAGAAUGAUGCUGUACAUGUGAAACGAGAUAAAAAUAGUCUGGGAGACCGGCUGAUCUACCGACCUCCAGACUUCAAACACUUUACCGCUACUCCUCCAGUUAUUACUGGGAAGAUAGUCAAUCUGGUUCCAAAGACUGUGACACACACCAAGAAAGACAAGGUUAUCUUGGGAAACCUAAAGGGGAAGGAACCCAAGUUUGUUCCGUAUGAACCGUACAAAGCUGCAGUAAAACCCAUAAUUCCAUAUGAAAAGAAGGGAAAGACAGGGGAGAGGAAAACUUCUCAGAAGUCCAUAGAUCUAAAAAUUGUAGUUACUAAUGUGCCAGGUGUUCAUGAGGGCACAACAGAUCAUGAGAAUAACAGAGAGACUGCAAAUGAGGGACAGAUUAACAUUGCAUUGGAAGAGAGGAAAGCAAUGGAGGAUGAGAUUAAAACCCUGAAAGAAGAAAAUGGUCAGUUGGAAAGUCAGUUAAAGUUCCAGGCUCAGGUGAAUGGGGAGCUCAAGAAUCUGCUGGUGGCUGCAAUGGGGGAAGAUCUCGAGACAAGGGUCCACGUGCUGACAGAAGACAAACUGCAGCUGGCACGCGCCUUACUUAACUCAGCGCAGCGACUUUCAACACACCAAGAGCAGACUGAGUGGUUGGCAGGGCAGUGCGAGGUUUGGAGAAGCAAGUUUCUUGCCAGCAGUUUGAUGGUGGAGGAACUAGCACGCUGGAAGGCAGCUCUGAGCCAGCGAGCUACCGACCUGCAGGAAGCACUGAAGAGAGUUCUGGAGGAGCGAGGCAAGGCCCGGGAGUUUCUUCUCAAUACGUACAGAAAUCUGAGCGUCCUGCGAGAGAAUUUUGACCACACAUACAGCAUUACCCGUAGACCUGACGUGGCCUCAACCAAUAUUCUGGACCUUGCAGCAGGCAUCACCCGCCUGAGUGACACUCUGCGGCACAUCCUCCUAGGUAGCAGCAGUAGGCAGACCAGGGCAGAACCAGACUUCACUGGGCUGGAUAUGUCCACUUGCGCUGAGAAAACAGCAGAGAGUCUGCUGGCAAACCCAAUGCCUCUCUUGCUGUCUGAUGCAGCAUGCAGUGCUGUCAUGGGAGCUGCUGUGGCUGUUAGUGGGCAUAUGCUUGUCAGACCAUCAAUACCAGCAUGCUGUGGUCACUGCAGUGGAGAAAUUAAGCUUGUGUGAAUUAUCUCAGCCUCCCAUUUGACAUUGUCAUCAGGGUUUCUUCCAGAGGUCAUGAACCAUAUGUCAUGGGCUCCUUGGUGUUUUUGAGUACCUGUGUAACUGAGGGAGGGGGGAGUCCAAUCAGUGCUAAUUCUGUAUGGUUUCUUGUAUUUUUGUUAGAGUUAGAAAUAUGGACAAAUGUUUCAUAAUAUAAUAAUGGCCUCUUAAUCAUAAAAAAUUGUUUUUAAAUGUACACCAGUUGUGUGUGUGUUGUGCGCGAGCAUGCAUAUAAAAGCAUGACACUUGUUUUGGAUUGAAAUCUCUUUAUGGUUGCCCUCAUCGAAAGAAGGUUGGUGACCCGUGUUACACCAUCAUGUGUUGUUAAGACCACACACUGCAUUAUUCAUUUUGUGUUAUGUUCAGCCAUCACAUUAUUCUGAACUGUAAAAACAAGGUUAACACAGUAAAUCUGUGGGACAGUUAAGUAAAUUGGGGAAAUAUAACACUAUAAUCCUCAGGCUGGAACCACAGAAAUUGAAAACUGGAUGUAUGUUCCACUGUUCAGACAUAGUGCCUUCUUGACUGCAUUAUUCUGUGAAUAAUAGUUUGUACUAGUGCCAGUGACCUAUUCUCAGUUGUAAUUUUCUAUACCUUAGCUCUUUAAUAAAAUACUAAUGCCUAUAAAAAUAUCCA